UUAAAACAUAUACAGAAAAUUUAAGUGAUGAAAAUCUCAUAAGAAAUCAUUGGUUCUGGAUUAACAUGUGAAGUUAAAAAAGUAAGCAUAAAUGAUAAAGAAUAUGCUAUCAAACUAUUCAAAGACAAUUGCUCUUAAGAAUCUAUAAAAAAAGAAAUCCAUAUACUUUCUUAAAUAAAACAUAAUAAUGUAGUGCUAUUGAUAGAUGGAAGUGCUGAGAAGAGAUUCAUGAUAACAGAGCUUUUAGAGAAAAUGGAUUUGUUUGACAUUUUGGAAAAAGGAUAGAAGCCUUUUUCAAUCCCUUCAAUAAAAUAUGUUAUUUUAUAAUUAACAGCGACAAUCCAAUAUAUCCAUAAAUUAGGUUAUGUUCAUAGAGAUAUUAAAUUGGAGAACAUUUUGAUGGAUAAGUAAAUGGAAAUAAAGAUUUGUGAUUUUGGAUUUGGAGAAUAAAUUAAGGGAGGCUUAGUUACAAGAUCUUCUGGAACUUUGGGAUAUUUAGCACCUGAAUUAUAAAGUUAAGGAUUAAUAAACACUGAAGCAUUACCUAUAACAGAAGUAUUUUCAUUAGGAGUAUGCCUUUUUUUAUUGGCAUUUGCUCAUCCUCCAUUCAGGUAAAGUACUAAAGCAUGUGCUUAUUGGAGAUUGAUUUCAACUAAAUAAUGGAAUAAAUAUUGGUUGGUUGUUGACAAAUAGAACAAAUAUAAUGAUGAAUUUCGUUCUCUUAUAUAAGGAAUGCUAGAAUCAGAUCCAUUAAAAAGAAUGACAAUUGAUUAAGUAUUAGAUCACUAAUUCUUAAUUGGAGGAAACAAAGAAACAUUUUAAUUAGAAGUAUGGGAACGAAUUAAAAUUAAAUGAAAAAACUGUAGAUGAUUAACAAAGAAUGCAUGGUUUUAUUGAUUAUUUUUUAUUUUGAAAUUUAGUAAACC